AGCAGAGGGCGCGACUGUAGCAUUUGAUGGCGAUUUUUAACUUUGGAAGUUUACUGUCAAGAAAAAUACAAAUAAGUUAAAAUUUUUUUAUUUUGUUCGGUUUAUCGAAUAAAUUAUCAGAAUAUCGAAGUUUCUAAUCGAUUAUUUAAGUAAUUACAGCUAAAUACUCGUAGAAUAGGAAACCGAAAACAGCAUGCAUUCAAAUGAGGCUGUCCAGACAACUAACGUUGAUACCGAACUUGAUUAUAAGGUGAAAAAAUCUUGUGAGAAGAUAUCAGAAAAUCUUCAUAUUGUUGCUAAUGAACCGUCACUUGCAUGCUACAGAUUACAGGAGCAUAUUCGUAAAUCUCUACCUCAACUAGUAGAAAAAAGGUUAGAAGUAAAUGCUGUUCAUCAGGAAUUACAAGGAAAAUGUUAUGAUCUGGAAUAUUCUGUGAGUGCACUUAAAUCCAUUCAAGGAAGCCAACAACAUUUUCUAAAUAUUCAAGAAUUAAUAAAAAAUGCCAUGUUUAUGAAACAACAACUUAGCUAUGAAGAAUCGCUGAAAACCGAUAAAAAGACCCAGCCGAGCAUGUACCAGCGCUUUUCAGGUUCCUUUGAUCUUCCAUCUUCCUUUUUACCCUCCAUGUCAGGACUUAGUACGUCGUUAUCGGCCAGUGCCGACUUAAAAUCGUCUCCACUCCCGCCUCGUGUGUCUGCUUCUCCAAACAGGAGAGCGAGAGCAUCGUCCGUGUCGUCGUCGCACACUAGACCUUCAAGCACUCCGAAGCGAAUUUUGCACGCAUCGCAUUCACAAGAAGGAAAAUCUAGUAGCAGUACCCCUCAUUAAUUUUUAUUUUGCCUGUCAUGUUUCUAUAAGAGAUUUCAAUUGUUUGAUAUACUGUGUACUGUACAUAUAAAUAUAUAAAGUUUUCAUAUUUAAGAGAAAAUUAUUAAAAAAAUUUAUUAAAAUGU